AUGGCAGACUCAGAUGAAGAGAUUGCUGUCGUGGGCAUUGGUUGCAAUUUCCCUGGAGGUGAAGGACUUCAAAAUUUCUGGAAGAUUCUGUUGGAGGGAAAGAACUGUGCAGUGCAAAUUCCAGAUGACCGUUUUGACCCAGCAUUCUGGUAUGAUUCAGAUAACAGAAAAGCUGGGAAAACACAGACUGCCAAAGCAGCCCUAAUUGAUGGGUUGAACGAGUUUGACCACAAGUUCUUUGGAAUCACUGAGGCAGAGGCUGACUUCAUGGAUCCCCAGCAGAAGCUCCUGCUGGAGUGCACCUACAGAGCCCUGGAGAAUGCUGGGAUACCCAUGGAGAAGGCCAGUGGAACCAGAACUGGGGUUUUCAUUGGACUCAUGAACAGGGACUAUGAGACACUUCUGAACAACAGCCCAACCACCAUUACCCACUACAACGGCACAGGAACAGCCAUGAGCAUAGCUGCCAACAGGAUCUCCUACGCCUUCAACUUCACUGGCCCCUCAUUGGCUAUCGACAGUGCCUGCUCAUCCUCUCUAGUGGCUCUUCACUAUGCUGCCCAUGCAGUUAGACAAGGAGACUGUGAGAUGGCUGUUUGCGGUGGAGUCAGCUGUAUCCUUGAGCCACGGGUCUUUGUCGCUCUUAGCAAGGCCAAAAUGAUCUCACCUGAUGGCUCCAGCAAACCUUUCUCCAACAAAGCAGAUGGCUAUGGAAGAGGGGAAGGCUGUGGGAUUGUCCUGCUCAAACCUCUGAAAAAGGCUCUACGGGACUUUGAUCAUGUGUGGGGCAUCAUAAGCAAAACUGCUGUCAAUCAAGAUGGCCGUACUGUCACUCCAAUCACCAGGCCAUCCAUGGCCCAGCAGGAGGACCUGCUCCACAGAAUUUACUCUGCUGGGUUUGAUCCAUCACAUAUCCAGUACAUAGAGGCUCAUGGGACUGGAACCCCUGUAGGGGAUCCAACAGAAGCAGGUAGCAUCUCCAGAGCUGUUGCUGAAGCCAGACAUCCAGGAGAAGCACUCUGCAUCGGCUCUGUGAAAGGUAACGUUGGACACACUGAAUCUGCAGCUGGAAUGGCAGGACUCAUCAAGGUGCUUCUGAUGAUGCACCAUGAAACUAUUGUUCCCUCACUAUCCUACUCUGAGGACAGUGCCAGUAUUGAUGCUAAAUCUUUGAAUCUGAAAAUUCCCACUAGAGUAGAGAAGUGGGAAAAGACUGGCCCAGCAGGAAGGGCUGCAGGUAUCAAUAACUUUGGGUUUGGAGGGACCAAUGCACAUGCCAUUGUCAGAGAGUACAGGCGGAUGGACAGUUCUAGAUCCUGCAUUCAGGAUGCAGACAACACAAAACUGUUUGUGUUGUCUGCAGCCUCUGAAAAGUCAAUUGGAAUGACAAUUACAGACACACAUCAAGAACUGGCCACAAACAAUGCAGUAGAUUUAAAAUCUCUGGCAUAUACAUCAGCAUGUCGGAGAAGCCACCUAAAGCACAAAUACAGAAAAGCGUUUCUGAUAUCCUCUCUCAGUGACUUACAGGAGCAACUUAGAUUAGCACUAACCAAAAGCAUUGUGCCAAUAAAAUCAGGCUUAAAGUCAGUGUUUGUGUUCUGUGGAAAUGGUGUGAUCUACAGAGGCAUGUGUGAGGAAUUGUUGAAAGAGCAGCCCAUUUUCAUUGAAAAGAUGAAGGAGGUUGCAAACUUGUUCCUGAAUUACAAAAGCACUAACAUUUUGAAAGAACUGGAAAAUGAUGAUUAUUCAAAACCAGAUGUUGCCCAACCCCUUCUCUUUGCUAUCCAGGUUGCCAUUUUCAGCCUUCUAAAACACUGGGGUAUUAGACCUGAUGCCGUUCUGGGGCACUCUGUAGGAGAGGUUGCCGCUGCCCAUUGCUCUGGUCUGCUGUCUCUUGAGGAUGCAGUAAAGGUGAUCCAUUUCCGCAGUAUGUUGCAGAGCAAGGUCACAGGGGGGAAGAUGCUUGUUGUCAGUAAGAUAGCGGUAUCGGAAAUCGUAACGCUUCUGCCUGCUUACUCAGGGAAGGUCUGCUUAGCUGCCUUCAACAGCCCUCAGUCUUGUACCCUAUCAGGUGAGGCAGAUGCAGUUGACUCUCUUCACCAUAAGUUGAAGACCUCCUUCAAGAACAGUUUGUUUCUCCACAUUUUAGAUGUCCCUGCUGCUUACCAUAGUCAUAUGAUGGAUCCCAUCCUGGACCAAAUACAGAGCAGCAUAGGAUCCUUGCAAGAGAAUGAAAUGGAGGCAGAACUGUUUUCAACUGUGACUGGAGAGAUGUGUUCUCAAGGGGAUUUUAGCUCAGGGAGAUAUUGGGCCAGGAAUAUCCGUGAGCCAGUUGCAUUUGAACAAGCAUUGAGAUCAGCAGCCAAUAACAAGAAGAACAUAGUCUUUCUAGAGAUAGGUCCAAGACGGGCCCUGCAGAGGAACAUCAUGGAGACAUUGGGGAAUGACAUCUCUGUGUUCCCUUCUGUACAGCCAGAUAAAGAUCACGAGACACUGUUCACUGCUGUGUCUAAGCUCUUUGAGAUGGGGGUGAAUGUAAACUGGGAACGCCUCUACAAUGGACAUGAAGUACCACCAAGACCCAUCCCGAGGUAUCAAUUUGAUUGUGUAAAGAAGGACGUGUACUUUGAAGCAGUAAGGCAGGGCAAUGAGACAACAUCUUGGACCCUUCACCCAGUUAUAAGGCCUAUAAAACAGAGCAGCACAGAGUUCACCUGUAAUCUUUCCUCAGAUGCAACAAAGUACAUGAGUGAACACAAAAACAAUGGUGUUGCUCUUGUCCCUGGUGCUUUGUAUGUUGAAUUGGCUCUAGCAUCCUUCAUAGCCAGUAUGAAGUCAAAUAUGCCUCUUUGCUCACUGCAGCUCUGUAUCAGUUUCCAAAAUCCAUUCAUACUCAGUGAGAACUCCCCCCAAAUGAAAGUACAGCUUGAACCAUCAGAGAAAACAGCAGAAUUUAAAAUACAUUCUCAGUCAGCUACCUAUGCCUCUGGUGCCAUUGAAUGGACAAAUGGAUCAGUGGCUCCUGAAGAAAGGAACAUCUCCUUGGAUUUUGUCUUCAAAAGAUGCCAAUCACUUAUGACGGCGGAGCAGGCUUACACUGCCCUCUCUCAGGCAGGAUUUCAGUAUGGUUCAGUCUUCCGACAGCUGGGAGACGUGUACUAUGGCGAGGAGUUCAAGGAGGCUAUUUCAACCUUCAGGGUUCCAGAUGAAAUGAUGAGGCAGCUGCAUGACUACUAUGUUCACCCAGUAGUACUGGAUCACUUUCUGCAGAUGACGGCUGUUGUAGCCGGGAAUAGAUUUGCAUCAAGGCCUGGGUUCCCAUCUGGUAUAGGCUGUGUCACAGUGUCUGGCCCCCUGCAGAAUGAAAUGGUCAUAUAUCUGAGAACAGCAAGAGAGACAUCUGAUGGAAUUGAAGUAUGUGGCUGCUUCACAGACAAAGAGGGUCAUGUUUUGGUUGAACUAAGACAUGUGAAGAUCACAUUAUUGGGAGGCGGUUCUCGUGUUGCAAAAGAUUUCUUCUUUCACAAUGAACUGCAUGCCACUUCUGAGGAUGCCAGCCUCUUCCACAAACCAAAAUCUUUAGUUUUUGCUGAUCAGUUAGGGGUUGGUGAAUUGCUACAGCAGUAUCUUCACUCAAGUUCUACUUUUGUCCGGUUCAAGGAAUGGGGAAAACUAUCCUCCUCCAAAGUCAGAGAAUUUUUUACGGAAUUAAGUGUUCCUGAUGGCAACAGGAACAAUUUCAAAGAGGUUUUGUUCAUGUGUGGUAUUCAAGAUCUCAGCCAUUUGAAAACAGAAAUGGUCCUGGAUCACCUGGUCGACUGCUGUGAGCUUUUCCGUGAAAUUGUUCUUGCACUGAAAGCUGCCAAAUACACAAGCAGUAUGAGAAUUAUAACCUACAGAUCAGCAGAGGGGACAGUAGACCAUAUCAGUCCAGGUUUUGUCAUUUCUGGCAUGACUCGAGCCUGCGCAGCUGAAAUUUCAGGUUUCUCAUUCCAGCUAAUUGAUCUUGCAUCUAUGACAAGUGAGGAUAUCAGGUUGUUGGCUCAAGUUGUAUGUUCCUACCCAGCCACCAAGUACCCAGAGCUAACAAUAAGCCAAGGUCAGAUUCAUUCAAGUGCAAUCACUCGCACUCCCAUUAAGACCACUGAGAGUCCUGAGAGGGAUGUCUUCUAUUCAGGAGCUGAACAUGUCAUCCUGCAGACUGCUGACCCUUACAAAAUGACAAGCUUGUCUGCAAUUCCCUGUAAUGAGCCUGGAGAACAAAUCUGUGAGCAAAAUAUUGAGGUUCAACUUAAUAAAAUCUGUGUUCAUUCAUCAGAUUACUUCCCUGUCAGUGUUUCUGCUCAGAUAUAUGGCCAGACCAUGUACUGGAACAAAGACACAUCCCAAAGCCACAAUCUUCUGGCACUUGACUUCAGUGGUACUGUUACGGCUGUGGGGAGGGAUGUGGGAAAACUGAAAGUGGGAGAUCAUGUUGUUUCAUGUUACCCUAUUACUGCGUCCUCAAAGGUUGUGAUUCCAGAAACUGCAUGCUAUAGAACAAAGAAGCUGCCAUUUCUCAAGGAAGUACCAUGCGUUUCCUUCUUUGUUCUUGCAUGGGAAAUCUUGCAUCAUGUCCUUCCAAAAGUAAGACAAAAGAACAAGUUGGGCAUUAUUUCUCUUGAACCCGAUUCAAAUCUGAUGCAGGUGCUAAUGUUUACUGCAAAUCAAUCAGGGUGGAAUGCCAUUGUAUGCACCCAAUUUAGUGGACUGCUACAAAACAUGAACAGGUGUGAUGCAUUUGUCCUUUUGCCUCCAUUUGAUGCAUCAUUGGUUGCUAAAGCUUGCAGUGUUUCUACAGUCAGAAACAUUGUAUUAGUGCAUGAUAACCAGAUGCCACCUAUUCUUUUGCAAAACAUGUUUAGAUCUGACAGUGAAAAUGUCUGUGUUCAGAUCGUUCAGGUGGCUAAUCUUUUCCAGAAAGCAUGUCUAAAGAAGCAAAAAAGAUCAAUCUACAGCUGGCUAAAAUCAAUGCGAUUGAAUUAUAUUCCAGUACUGAAAAACACCAUCUUUCAAACAAUGACUUCAGGAAGCAUUGAGUGCCUGUCUGUUCAGGAAUCAAAAUCCUACUUGAGCUCAGACACCACUUCUGUAGUUGUACUUGAUGGAAACAAGGUCUCCAACCUUCCAAUACAAGAGAAGCCAAAACAACCUUUUCAGCAGAAAUCUGUUUACAUUGUGACAGGGGGUCUUUCUGGGCUGGGGUUUGAAACAGUGAAGUUCAUUGCUCAAAGAGGAGGUGGGUGCAUUGCCAUUUUCAGCAGAAGGUCUUCGUCUCAUUUGCAACAUGAGAUAUCCGACCUGCAGAAUCGGUAUGGAGUGUCAAUCAUCAGCAUACAGUGUGAUGUGUCAGUUUCAGAACAGGUUGUGAAGGCAGUCACUGCAAUUGGACAGAUGUUUCCUUCUUGUCCAAUCAGAGGAGUAUUCCACAGUGCAGUCAUCCUGCAUGAUGGUCUACUUGAAACUCUUGACAAAUCACACUAUGAAAAAGUGUUCAAGCCAAAGGUUAAUGGUGCUAUGAAUCUCCAUCAUGCAACAAAGCACUGCAAACUUGACUACUUUGUGUGCUACUCUUCCAUCACCUCUUUCAUUGGCAAUGCCACUCAAACAAACUAUGCCGCUGCCAAUUCGUUCCUGGACAUGUUUUGUCAUUAUCGGAGGAGGCUUGGACUGGCUGCACAGUCCAUUAACUGGGGGGCUUUGAACCUCGGCCUCCUAUUGAACAAGGAAUCUUUACAGAGAUUUUUGGAGACUAAGGGAAUGACAGUGAUGCAAGUAGCAGAAAUUCAUGAAGGCCUGGAGCAAUGUUUAUUGCAAAACAAUGCCCAACAGGUUGUGUGCAAGUUCAGCUUCACAAACCUUCGGAAGCAUGUGCUGUCUCAAAACACAUCCCUCAAAAUGCGUCUGUCAGAUUUGGUAGAUGAAGAACUGAGAAACAUCAGCCUAACAGAACCUAGUGUACAACUGUCAACUUCACCCUCCUCACCAGGGGAAUAUGUCAGGACCAUGAUCAGCGAGACUUGCAAUGUAGACCUUCAAGAGCUGAGUGAUGGUACUACACUCUCUGCUCUGGGUGUCGACUCCAUGGUGUCCAUGACUCUGCAGAACCUCAUGUUCCAAGAGACAGGAGUCAAUGUUCCCCUUGUUAAAUUACUGGACCCAAACAGUACAAUCUCUACGUUGGUGUCAAUCUUGGAGGAAGGAGAAGAUCGCUACUGGAAUGAGAGGCCGACCCCUGAGAGGCCAGUCCCGACCCCCCGACCCCGCCGAAAGGGCCACCAGGAACCACACCCGGUUUGGGUAGCCCCUGCUGGGGAGAGUGAUGAGGAGGAGACCCCUCCCCCAGGGGGGAGAAGACAGACGACGCAGCCCCCCAUGGAGAGCACGGAUACAGCCUCGGAGGGACCGGACCCACAGCAACCCCUGAUGGCGGAAAGGGGUAGCAGGGGCGGAUUCUCAGAGUUCCAACCCGAGUUAGAAAGGGCCCCAAUGGAUUUUGGCUCCGCCCAGCUGCAAGACCCCCUCCUCGCCCAGGCCUGGAGAGCAGCUGCCUACAUUGAGGGCGUCCCACAAGGCGGGACCCACACCUCCAAGGUGCUCACCUGUUGGGGGCCCACCUGGGACGGGAGAAGACAUGUGCCCUUCUGCCGAAUCACCAUGGACAUAGUGGGGCCCCUACCCAAGUCUAGCCGAGGUCACCGUUACAUCUUGGUGGUCGUAGACUACACCACCCGCUACCUGGAGGCCGUACCCUUACGGGCUGCAACAGGAAAGAGCAUCGCGAAGGAGCUGUUCCUACUGUUCAGCCGGGUAGGGAUCGCUGAAGAGGUCCUGACUGACCAGGGUUCGUGUUUCAUGUCGGAAGUAAUGAGGGAGAUGUGCCGCCUGCUCCAGGUCAAACAAGUGAAGACGUCCAUCUACCACCCCCAGACAGACGGGCUGGUAGAACGUUUCAACAAGACCCUAAAGUCGAUGCUGAGGCAACGACAAGACCUCCGGGAGAUGAGCCAGGGACUGCGGCCCUACCGGAUCCCUGAGGCGAGAAGGCAGGCCAUCCGGGUGGAGGUGGCGAGGAUGCUGGACCUGGGGAUCAUAGAGGAGUCCCAAAGCGCCUGGUCCAGCCCGGUAGUAUUGGUACCAAAACCGGACGGAAGUUGGCGGUUUUGUAAUGACUUCCGGUGGCUGAGCGAAAUCUCACGGUAUGACGCCUACCCCAUGCCCCGGGUAGACGAGCUGAUCGAGUGGCUGGGACCUGCCCGCCACAUGAGCACCAUGGACCUCACCUGGGGGUACUGGCAGGUACCUCUGACCCCGCAGGCGAGGGAGAAGACGGCCUUUGCCACCCCGGACGGCCUGUUCCAGUAUAGGGUGCUACCCUUUGGAGUGCAUGGAGCCCCCGCCACCUUCCAACGGCUCAUGGACAACCUACUGAGGCCCCACAGGGAGUAUGCCGCCGCCUAUCUCGUCGAUAUUGUCAUCCACAGUGCCGAUUGGGAGAGCCACCUCGGGAGACUGGAGGCCGUGCUGGGGGCGCUCCGGGAGGCCGGCCUAACAGCUAACCCCGCUAAAUGUCACCCGGGCCUGGAGGAGGCCGACUAUCUGGGCCACACCGUGGGACGAGGGUGCGUCCGGCCCCAGAGCCAGAAGGUGGAUGGGAUCGCACACUGGCCACGAGCCACCACAAAGAGGCAAGUUUGCAUGUUCCUGAGCCUAGUAGGGUACUAUCGCCAGUUUAUUCCCGACUUUGCGACCAGAAUGGCCCCUUUGCACGAGCUGACCAAGAAGGACCAACGGCACACAGUGAAAUGGUCUCAAGAUGCCAACCGCGCCUUCCUGGACCUGAGAGCUGCCCUGGGGAAUGAAACACCUCUUAACUUUUCACAACAAUUUGUUUUACAGACCGACGCCUCAGAGACCGGGCUCGGUGCCGUCCUCUCGCAAAUCCAGGACACAACGGAGCACCCCAUCACCUAUAUCAGCAGGAAACUGCUGAAACACGAAAAUAACUAUAGUACGGUGGAGAAGGAGUGCCUGGCCAUAAGAUGGGUGGUCGGUAAGCUGAAAUACUACCUCCUGGGGCGAGAGUUCAUCCUCAUAACUGAUCAUGCCCCAGUGAAAUGGAUGUACCGGUGUAAGGACACUAACACUAGGGUGACCCGGUGGUUCCUGGAACUACAAAGUUUUAAGUUCAAGGUAGAACACCGAGCAGGGAGACUCCAGGGAAAUGCGGAUGCCCUGUCCCGUAUGGACGAGGGCCUCUAUUGUGACGCUCCCGCCGAGGGCUUGGAGCUGAGGGGGAGGAAAUGUGGCGGCCGGAUCAGGGAUCGCGAGGUCACUGAUCAGGAGCUGCAGGAUGUUACUGGUACCAUACAGAGCAGCAUUGCUCAGACCGCGGGGUAG